AUGAGGAGCUUCGGGCUUCUUCUUGCUGUCUUUACCAUCUCUCAGAGCCAUGCGAUCACCAGGAUCCCUCUGCAUAAAGGGAAGUCUCUGAGGAACACCCUGAAGGAGCGCGGACUGCUGGAGGACUUUCUGAAGAGACACCCAUAUGAGUUCGUUGAGAAGGGUUCUAACACCGGGAUAGUGGCCAGUGAACCUCUGAUCAACUACCUAGAUAGCGAGUACUUUGGAACAAUCUACAUUGGGACGCCACCCCAGGAGUUCACGGUGGUGUUUGACACGGGCUCUUCGGAACUCUGGGUGCCCUCUGUCUACUGCAGAAGCAGGGUCUGCCAAACCCACCACCGCUUUGACCCAUCCAAGUCCUUCACCUUCCAGAACCUGAGCAAGCCCCUGUUUGUCCAGUAUGGCACUGGCAGAGUGGAGGGCUUCCUGGGCUAUGACACUGUCACAGUCUCCGAUAUUGUAGUUUCCCACCAGACUGUGGGCCUGAGCACCCAGGAGCCAGGUGCCAUCUUCACUUACUCUCCGUUCGAUGGCAUCCUGGGCCUGGCCUACCCUUCCUUUGCCUCCAAGUACUCGGUACCCAUAUUUGACAACAUGAUGAGUAGGCACCUGGUCGCCCAAGACCUGUUCUCCGUAUACAUGAGCAGGGGUGAACAGGGGAGCAUGCUCACGCUGGGGGCCAUCGAUCAGUCCUACUUCGUAGGGUCUCUGCACUGGGUUCCCGUGACUGUGCAGGGAUAUUGGCAGUUCACAGUGGACAGGAUCACAGUCAAUGGUGAAGUGGUGGCUUGUCAAGAUGGCUGCCCUGCCAUCCUGGACACAGGCACUGCCCUGUUGACAGGGCCUAGUAGAGACAUCCUCAGUAUCCAGCAGGCCAUUGGAGCUGUGCAGGACCAGCAUGGCCAGUUUGCUAUCAACUGUUGGAGGCUGGGUAUCAUGCCCACAGUUGUCUUUGAGAUCCACGGCAAGGAGUUCCCACUGCCACCAUUGGCCUAUACCAACCAGAAUCUGGGUUCCUGCUCCAGUGGCUUCAACCAUGGCUCGAAGCUGUGGAUCCUAGGGGAUGUUUUCAUCCGGGAGUUCUACAGUGUUUUUGACAGGGCCAACAAUCGUGUUGGGCUGGCCAAGGCUAUCUGAUUAUACAACACCACCAGACCAUGUUUUCCUUGUUUUUGUUUUGUUU